UCCCAGAUUUCUUUGACCCCCUUCCACAUCAUUCACCUUCCACAUCAUUCACCUUCCACAUCAUUCACCUUCCACAUCAUUCACCUUCCACAUCAUUCACCUUCCACGUAUUCACCUUCCACAUCAUUCACCUUCCACAUCAUUCACCUUCCACACCAUUCUUCCAACAUGACGGAGGCUUCAGUCCGUAAUGAUAUUGAAUCAUGGAAGAAUUUAAACCUCGCAGUCGAAGCCAUGAGAGGCGAUCGUAGCGCAUGUCAAGGAGGCAUCGUGACCAGAUGGUGGGGCAAGUUGCGCGGCAAGUCAUCCAAGCAAGAACUCACGGCAGCUUUGGAGAUUAUUCGCCUACUGUCCGAGAAAGCAUCAACACCACAUCACUUGCAGCCAGGAAGAACAUGGCUGCCGCCGCCGCCGCCGCCCCCUCCAAAGGCCGCAUUGAUUCCAGUGGACUGGAGACUGCUGACGGCUGCAUCCUGGAUGUGGGAGCGCUUCUCGGAGGAGGAAGACCCGGACGAGAGGAUGGAACUAGCUCCCUCCUGCAUAGCGCUGCACAACCUUCUCAGCGCUGAGAAAGCGGGAUUUCGUGAAGAGUUCAUCGGAAAUAGAAAAGACUCGACCGAGAAUGUGCUUCGGGUACUUCGGGCAUUCCUAGCCAUAGGGCAACUCGUCCAUAUUCGAUCCAGCCAACCGGACUUUGAUGGCAUUUUGCUUCGUAUAUCAUAUGACAUUGAUAAUGUGCGUUUGGAGGCAUAUGGAGAGAAUGAGGAGUUUGACGAGACCUUCCAUAUCAUUCACGAUUCCUUGCGGAUUGAGGUAAUUGGAGAUCGGAAAAAACCAGAGCAGAUAUUCGAUCCGAAGAACGCACAUUUUUCGAACAGUAUCAUUGAAGUGAGCGGUGAGAUGGACGACGCGAAGACGGUGGUGGAUGCGUUCCCUGGCGGAAAGGUGGAGGGGAAGGAGACUUGAACGGCGUAGUGAGCGGCGUUUUCUGUUGUGUAUUCGGAAGGGAAGAAGGGUUGAACGGUCGUGGAUGCGUUUCCCUUGAUUUGUUUCAGUUAGGACCAGAAGGGAGGAGGGGUUUCAACACCACCAUCACUUGUUUUCUUUGCUGGAAAUCUCUGAAAAGUGCUGUAAAUUAUGAAAAUCUAAUUCAGUGUGUUCGAUAACGUGAGAGAAGUCAGCUCGAAUCGCUUCCACCUAAAGCUCCUCACGUGGAUAUUAUUGUGUCAGAAUUGUAGAUGCUCGGCUGAUUUUUACCAAUGCUCACUUGGGAACAAAGUGAGAACAAAA